AUGGGGCGGCAAGUGGUGGGCAAUGAUGACCUCAUUGGGCUACUGAAGAAGCUAAGCGAGUAUGAUGUCCUACUAGACCGGUUGCAGGGACAGAUGGCAGAUGGUUUCUACAAUCUUAGUCGGGCCAACUACCACAACAAGGACUCGCUGAGGGGUUCCUACGGCAGGGACUACUGGGAUCAGACGUUUGCCGGCACGCGAUUUGUUCGGAUUGAGCAAGACGGCGUCAUCGUAGAGGACGCAGGGGCAAAAGCGGACAAAGAUGAAACGCAGGCGACAGAGGGCGGGCUGCACAACCGGCGCAAGGAUGUGUCUAAGAAGGAGGCUGCGCAGCGCCGGCAGAAAACCCCGCUUUACAUGUUUGGAGGUGCAUUGUCCGUUCCUUCCAGUCUGCGUAUGUGUCAAGAGCACUUCCAGCGAUGUUUGCCUGUUGUGGUGCGACUUGUGAACUGCCGACGCGAGAUCGACGUCCUGUUGGAUGAGCUGGAGCGAAGUGCGGCAGCAGGCACGUGUGCAGAUGACAUUUCACAGACUACAUAG